AUGUCCCAAACUGCAACAGAACCUCCUCGGAAGCGCCAGCGAGUCACUCAGGCCUGCCACCGAUGUCGACGUAAGAAAUACAAAUGCGACAGUGAACGCCCAACCUGCUCUACAUGCAAAGCUUCCGACGCCGAAUGUACUUACGGAACCAUCGCAAAGCGUCGCGGUCUUCAGUCUGGUUAU